UUUUCAUUUAAUCUACAAUUUAUUUGGUUUCUUAUCUGCUUUCGAGUUCGGCCUUUUUUGGCCAGACGCUGUGGCAGGCCAAGAGUUCCUUCCUCCCAUCGUCAAACGUAGCGCGUCUCCACCGCAAGGUCCGAACCGAGAAGCCAAGCAUUUUCGUUUAAUUAAGAGAGUGGGCUGAAUUCGCGCCUGCCUUCACGUGCGAACGCGCCGCGGGAGUGAGCUCCUUUCUCACGUCACGGCGCGACCCCUCACCGACGAGGUGCGAUUCCGCGGGUGGAAAUAAUCCCCGGAAUGUGCAAACUCGGCAACGAAACACAACCACACUGAAUACGGCCAACCGCAUUACCCGUCAUGGCCUACCAUAAGAAACGGCAGAUCGCCGCCGAGAGUGACGCGGAGCAGCCUGUCGUCAAAAAAUCAAAGAGCGAGAAGAAGGCCAAAAAGGAUCUCACGCAAGGCUCAGACGCGGAGGGAAAUCCGUACUGGGAGGUCGGGCUUCCCAUCGGCAACAACAGGCGUGUCGGACCCUCCCAGUUCAAGGGCGCCACCCUAGUUAAUAUCCGAGAGUUUUACACCACACCCGAUGGCGAGCUGAAGCCGGGAAAAAAGGGCAUCUCCCUUUCCUUGGACCAGUACAACGCUCUCCUCAAGGCUAUCCCAGAGCUCAAUGAAAAACUCCGCUCUGAAGGUCAUGAGGUAGGCAACAUGCCGGCGGUUGGGGCUAGCGGUGCUCUGGUGAAGGCAGAGAAGCCCGCAAAGUCCAAGAAGUCGAGAAAAGCAAACAUUGAUGUCACGAGUGAGGAGGAGGAGGGCAGCGAGGAAGACGAUUGA